AUGGCCUUGAUCCAAGAAGUGUUGCAGCGACUACAAGCUGCUGGGUUCAAGAUCAAUCCCUUGAAGUGCGGGUCGUGUGCCCAAGAAACUGAUUUCUUGGGCCAUUGGUUGACUCCUGAAGGUGUCAAGCCGUGGAAGAAAAAGAUUGAUGCCAUCCUCAAGAUGUCAGCCCCUACCAAUGUAACAGAAUUGCGUGCAUUUCUUGGUGCUGUUACCUUUUACCGCCACAUGUGGCCGCGUCGAUCUCAUCUUCUCAAACCCCUCACAGAGCUCACAGGCAAAGGAAUGUUUGAAUGGACUGAUGAGUGCACCAAAGCUUUCGCUGAAAUGAAAGCUGUCAUGGCUAACGAUAUAAUGAUGCGCUACCCCAAUCCAAACAAACCCUUUGAAAUCUAUACUGAUGCGUCGGACUACCAAAUGGGCGCUGUGAUCAUGCAAGAAGGUAGACCAGUCGCCUACUGGAGUCGUAAGCUCAAUGCCACACAACGCAAUUACUCUGUGAUGGAAAAAGAAAUGUUGGCUGUUGUACAAUGUUUGAAGAAAAAAUUUGGUCUAUGCUAUAUGGUGCCAAAUUAA